AUGGUCGAGGGCCUGGAGGAGCGCCGCCGGCGUGCCGAGGCGUGGACCAUGAACGGCGAGCGAGAGCGCGUCCUCGGCGAGAUCGCGCAGUUUCAGAAGAAGCGGGACCGGCUCGCCGAGGACACCGCGGUAAGCCAGGAGAAGGAGAUGGAGAGGCGAGAGGAGGGGCUACGACAGCUGAAAAAGGGCUUUGAGUCCUGCCUGGAGGAGGUGCGGGAUGUGAUCGGGUGGUACGCGCUGCAGCCGAAGUGCGGCUCAGAGGCCUCGGGUCAGCGUAUCCAGCAACUGCGGGAGAUUCUCGGGGAGCCCUUGAAGAAAUUUUCAGCCAUCCAAAAGGAUCUUCGAUGCAACACCAAGGUGGAGCUCUCCGACGACUUCCUCCACUUUCCGGCCUCUAAAGAAAAUGAUGCGUCCAGCAACUCUGAUGACGACGAUGAAACCCGAGAGCUGAUCAAAAUGGGGCGAAAGAUUCAAAGUAAGCUGCUGAAACACAUUCAAGAGCGUCCACUAUGGUUGAAGGAAGAAAAAAAGCGCUUUCGUAAGGAGAGAAAGGCCGCGUGCCUAUUCACUGUCUGCAUUCCCACGGACGUUAAGAAAGGACAGGAUGGAAAGUUGGGAUCUGAAAAAAGCUUUUCCGUGUCGCGUCGGCCUAACAUUCCUAGCUCGACCCAAACAAGAAGAACGCGGCGCGCCCAAGAUCACCACCAAAACGAAGCAUCCAGAAACCCAUGUGGUAGCGAUAAAUGCGAGGAGGAUGCCGCUAAAAGGAAAAGUGAUGCGUGCGAAGACGAUAGAGAUGGGGGUAACACUGUCAAACCGAGAAGGAGUGUUUCUACGGAGGGAGGGAAGGGGACCGCUGCCACACCACUGCAUGCGGCUGACAAUGCGCAGGCCUCUGCAGAUCGACUUGAAUUAGCCCCUUUCACAAGCAGCGAUCCUGGGGAUAGCAAAGCCGACAGGUCCGUGAAAAGGGAUCGCCUUUUAUCAAACAUCCAUAUUGGGGGAAAACGUCGGAGCUCCUGUUCGUUUGGCGAGGAAUUCGUCUUGCCCUCGGUUAGUACGAUGAACGCUGCCAUCACAAAGGAGGCAGGGUGGCUGCCUUCCGUUGACACGAUGAAUACGCCACGGCAUUCGUCAUCCUCACAUCGAAGCAAAUCAUCGCAUGAAACGACGGACGGCCUCCGAAGAGGUGUAGACAAGGAUCUCCCGCUGCGAGAGCCAUCCGUGUCCAUAAAAGAGAUCUCCAGCCCCUCUUCCCUGCAGAUGAGUUCUUUAUGCAAAACUCGAAGCGCCACCUUCACGCCGGGGCGGUUCCCUUCGUCUACUGACAAAGUAAGUGAAUGCAAUAACAACAACACCGCGCCCGUAGCGAGCACCAGUGGUGCGAGGUCACACAUUCCUAUCGUGGAACUUUCAGCAUCAACGGGGGCGCUCACAUCUGAUCCCACCACGGCCGCCGAUCAUACCCAAAGCCCCAAUCGUUUAGCCGGUUUGUGCGCGGGUAAUUCGGAGCCGUCCCCUUCCAUCUCGAGCGAUCCAGUCGUCCAGCUAGCUGACGAUCUUAUGGCGGACUAUUUGGAGGCAAACGCGGUGAUAGCAAAGACGGCAGAAUACAAUGCUGAAUUGCUUCAACAGCUCCACACCCUGCGGAAAGAAGUCUCCAGGGUGAUGAGGGAUAACAUUCGAAUUGAGAACGACAAAUUGUUCUUUCUCGACCGUCUUGGCAAUGCCAAAGGGAAUAAUGAAAGGGAAGCGCUUCCACCGCAUCUUCGACUUGCUAAGACAUCAAAACUGAAUGAGGAAAAAGACAACGGGAAAUCGCAAGGACAGCUGUCAGUUUCGCACCCGCAAUGCCCUCCUGCUCCGACGCUUGCGAUGUCGCUGACGAUGACAUCGGUUCCGCCUGUCGCGCGAAGCAUGGAAAUGGAUAACGAUAUGUGUAAUGCCCUGAACGCGUUGCUGGAUCAGCAUCAGCUUUAUCAGAAAAAGUUAAACGGGACGCGCAGUCGCAUCUCUGAGAUGCAACAAAAUAUUCUAGAGAGAGACGGAUUGCUCAAUACAAUCUUCAGUUAUUGGGAUAAAAAUGCUGCUGUUCUCAAAUUGAAACUCAAUGCUAAUUGUGAUCAAAAUUCGGAUGCUAUGCAAGCGAAUAUGCCACCGUCGGAGGGUUCUUUUCACGAAUAUUAUCAGCGCGAUUUAGCCAGAGAAGGACAAUCAAACAUCGAAUAUCAUGACCACCACCACCCCCCUGUAACGAAGAGGCCACUGGAUCUUCAAAUGAUUUCCAUGUCUGAAAAUUCACAGUCAUCUGCUGUGAUUCCGGCACCAUCAGAUGCAAGGCUGAGGGCGAGUAACACCCAUCACGGCACUGCAACGCUUCUUUCGACUGGAAUCCCCACAAGCAUCAAAGAGGAGCGAAAGGAGACUUCCCUGAUCAAAGGCAGUUUUUUAAAACCAGGUGAAGACAAAAGCGACGCUAAAAGGGUAGUCCUCACUAACCCCACUACCACUUCUGAGGCCCCUGUUACAGACGUCCUGAAUACCAUGGAUAGGUUGAAGAUCGACGACAACAUGACACUUUUGCAGGGUAGUGCUAUUAUUCAGGUGCCACAGUUACAUCAAUCGAAUAUUAUGGGACAAAAUUCUGAAAAGAUAGGAUAUUUUGACCGAUCUGGAACGAGCCAUAUGGAAGGAUCGGAAUUCAUCCAGCUCCUAGUUCUUAAACAAAUGUCGUAUCCGUCAGAUACGUUCACACUCCACCGCGGGGACGCUAUCGCCGAUUUUAUCUGUAACCUCUUCAAGGGCGUUUAA